GAACACAUAAUACAACACGCUGAGUGUAGAGCGGACAGUCUGACAGUCUUCGGCAAGAAAGAUUGCAAGCGUCACUGGCACUGCACAACUACAUUCAGAAUUUGAUCGCCAAGACUUCAUAGAAAAUCUUUCAGCUAUUGUAAUUGAAGUAUCAAAUAAUUCACACCGGACACAAUACGGAGCAGAGGAUCAGCUGUUGGCAAGAAGCAGAAACGUGUCAAGAUGUUGACCGAUGAGGUUUCACAGGUGCAAGAGGUGAGAUACUGCCUGAAGACUCUGAGGGAGCAAAUGGCAGCCAGACAAAACAACAAUAAUAAGAUUCCAUCUAAUGGCUUUAAAGUCGACUUGCUUGUUAGCAAAGCCAAUGGCUCCAAUGGGUUUUUGAAUGGAUCUCACUCAAAAAGUCAGGGUCAGGAGGAUGAUAACUGCAUAGCCUUAAAAGAAGUCACCAAACAUAUGUACACUCGUCUGCAAGAGAUGGAGAAGAGACACCAGCAGGAGAAAGAGAGACUACAGGCAGAAAACAUUGAAUAUCAGCAGGGAUUUCUAGAGGAUUAUAACUCUCACAUGCAGAAAGCAGAAACCAAGGCAGAGGAACAGAGCAAAAAGGUGGAAGAGAUGCAGAAGCGUAUGGGUGGUUUGGAGCUGGAAAAUGCCACACUACGAGAAAAAUUGGCUGCUAGUGAGGCUGAACUCGAGAAACUGCGAGGACUGAAGAAAAUGGAUAGUGAGGACAGGUCUGAACAACUGAAAAAGGAGCUGGCAACUCUGAAAACUAAAAACCAUAACUUGGAUGACAUGCUCAAAAGUCAACAACGGAAAAUCAGAAACAUGAUUGAACAGGUGCAAAAUUCACGAACCGUAAUGGAGCAAAGAGACCGACUGAUCGCCGACCUUAAAGAGAGGGUGUCUUUCCUUGAAGCUGAGAAUACAGAGAUGCAUGACCGGAUGGAGUUUUAUACGGGCAGUCAAGUGCCUAAACCAUAUAACUCAGACAUGGGGUCCAAGGUUGUCUACAGCAAACCUCUGACGCCAACAAGCCCAGGAAACCGGUCGCUGCCAUUCAUCAAAGUGGUCGAGAUCAAGUCUUAAACAACAGGAGGAAAAGAUGAAGAUUACUGAUGGAAGAGAGGGAGACAGUGAGUGAGAGACACAUUGUGGAAAUAGCAACAAGCAUUCCCUCUCCCAAACUUUAUGCAACAUCCAUCAGUUUAGCACACAUCUACUUAUUUUGUAAAUAAGUGAUACGAUACUUUGUAUAUAGGACUGUUCUGUCUCGCUUUAAUUGUAAUGUCACAUGUAUACUGGAUUUGUAGAUCAUACACUACAUUUUCAUGCCUCAAGCAACUAUAUUAAUUGUAGAAGAUCUUAUAAGUGGUGAAAUUCAUAUUUCCUAAUGAUCUGCCACUGUGUCUGUUCCAUCAUGUUACAAUCUGAUAGUGUAGCCAUUGUAUAAAUAUUGUUACAGACAGCCAAUUUGAGUAAUCUGAUGAAGCCAAAAUUUAUCCCAUAUAUAAUAAAAACACAAACAAUAUUUCUGUGCUACUUAUGUACCUGUGCAUACUAUAUACUGAUAUACAGUUCUGAAUUUAACUACCUUGCAUAGUCUUUAGCUCUUUUCCCAUUGGGAACUGUAAUUGCAUUGUGUUCUGAAAAACUAUUUUUUUUGUUACUGUAUUCAGUGAUAGACUCUCUUCCAUCCAUCUCUCAUUAAAUGUGAAAAAUUGUGUUAUUGUAGAUGGAAUUGUUGUACUAUGCACAUUUCUCUGGUAUUGUAUUUAGCUGGUACAUGUAUUUAUCUUAAGGGCUAAUAAAUAAAACGUAUUUAAGACUGCUUGCAA